CUUGAAAUGUUUAAAAUCAUGUUCCAUCUUUAACUUCUUGCCUUUUGGAGAUCAGGUCAUCUUCUACUUACUUAACCACUCACAGUGAACUACAUUUUGACCAGAGGUGCCCAAACUUUUAUAUGCCACUAUAGGUAGUGUGUUCCAUAUAGGAUGGUACAAAUGUAAUGUAGAAGGGAGGAGAGAAGAGUUGAGUGUGUGAUGUGUUUGGAGGAGGGGCUCCAUCAUUUAGACAAGUGACAAGUUCCUGGUUUGCCAGUGAAGAAGAAAGAGAAGAAAGAGAGGCAGCGUUAAACCAUCAGAGCCUCAAACAUGAACGUCUGUCAGACUUUGAUCUGCUUCUUCUUCCUCUCACUGUGGGACACUGAGCUCAUCAAUGCACAAAACCCCAUCCGUACAGUAACUAAAGGAGGAAACAUCACAGUUGUGUGUCCCUUCAGUUGGUCUGGAACCACAAAGUUCUUCUGUAAAAACGACUGUAAAGGUGGAGACAUUCUCAUUAAAACAAAAAAGGACACACAUCAGAGCGGCCGAUACAGCAUUGAAUAUAAAAAAAGAGCUUUUUAUGAAACUGCACUUCUGUAUGUGAGCAUCAGAAAUCUGACUGAGUCUGACUCAGGACGAUACAGAUGUCGUUUGGCCAGAAUCUUGUCUUCAGAUAUCCAGUUUGAGAUCAGAGUUAAAGAUGCUCCAACCUCUUCAGACCCAAACUGGAUUCUUCCACCUGUUACAGCAUUUGUACCAUCAGCCUCCUCUGAAGGCACCAAGCAGCCUCAACAGCAACACACAACACCAGCUGCAGGUUCAGCUGCCAAAGGUCCGCUGCUGUUUGUGGGUCUGACUCUGCUCAUCAUGUUGAUCAUAUUAUCAGCAGCUUUGAUGAUGUUCUGCAGGAAGAGGGCCAGUAAACCCAAAGCAGCUCCUGUGGAAACUGAGUGUGCUGAUGUCACAGAGACCAACAGAGUGUGUGAGGAGAUCAGAGAGGAGGACAGAAAGAGCAGAUCUCCUCCUGUAGAAAUGUCCACAGUUUACUCUUACGUCAAACCAAACGGAGUCGAAACCUCAGACGAAUACAGCCUUGUCACUGCAGCCACUCCUCAGAGGAACACUGAAGACGACUCCAGUAAACUCAUCUACUCUGAGGUGGAUUUUUCUGAAGGUGCCUCGCUCCACAGCGCCCCCUGUGGUGAUACGGAUAAGGUUGUUUAUUCUGUUCCUCGGGUAGAUGUGAGCUCAGACAGCAGCCACUCUGAAGACGCUUCACCUCCUCUGUACUCUACUGUUACUACACUUUAGCAGCAGCUUCAACGCCGUCCACACCACAUUUACUCUCUGGUGGUGUGAAGGAGUAACAUUUACACAAAAAUCUGUUUUUAUUAUUUCAGCCUGUUCUCAGUCUGAAGUCGUCAAAUAAAGCUGCUUUGUGUGUGAUUUCAACGUCAGACACUUGAUGUCAAAACCUACCUUUCAUGGUGGUAUAACACGCCGCCAGUUAGCUGGAUGGCGUCUGAUGCGAUGGUAUGAUACACAGCUUGAUGACGUCGGGUUUAAAUGCUGCUAGUAAUGAUGUAAUAUAAGGAGCAGUAAAGUCCCUGUAGGGUGUGGAGGAGAGGUGGUGGCUGCGUCCAACAAACCCUGGACUUUCAUCCAGGAGCCCAGUGUUCACUUCCCAUACGAAUGUAGAAUGUAAACCACGUGUUGUUGUUGAUGUCCCGGCGUUGGAAGCGGCAUCCAGGAGCAUCAACAGCAGACGCAGGAGGAUACCUAGAGUGUAAUAUGUAGACGUGAAAGGCCACUGACAAAGCAGCAAGCUGUCACGACUUGGGAUGAGAAUGUGUUGAUCAUUUCAGAGAGCUGAAUUGUUGCCAGCCUGGUCUCAUUCUGAAGUCGUCGAAUGCAGCUGAUUUGUGAAUAAUUUUGGCGUCAGACACCUGAUGACAUAAGACACCUUUUACAGCGGUUUGAUACGCCACUUGACGGCAUCAGUCUGCAACACGGCUGGAUGUAGCCUUUUGCCAUGCUAUGAUACGCCACCAGUUGGCUGGAUGGCAGCUAUGGUGGCUGUACGCUACACAGACGAGUGGCAUCAGUUCAUGAUGAGGCCGGGAAGCACCUGUGGCAGCAAUAUGAUAAGCUGCUGGACGGCAUCAGGUUGAAACGCUGCCGGUAAUGAUGUAUGAGCUGAGAAGUCCCUAUAUGGUGGACUGGAGAGGUGGUGGAUGUGUCCAACAAACCUGGACUUUCAUCCAGGAGCCUAGUGUUCACUUCCUGUAUGACUGUAGAGACAAACCAUGAUGUUUUCUUCUUUAUUCUGUAUUUUCAAACUGUAGUUGAUGUGUUGAGGUGGUGAAUCUCAUUAUCAUGACAACAACGGCCUGUAAAAUUUUACAUUCCUGAUCUUUUGAUACCAAAGUGUCAAUAAU